AUGGCCUCUCUACAGGCGCAACUAGUACAACCGGCUCAAGUGCAUCCCCAGAAUAAUGAAGCCUCCGCUGAUUUUGAAAAGUUAAACACCAAAAUAGCUUCUUUGGAAGCACAGUUAGCGGAAUCAAUGCAAGCGUAUUCUAAACUUGCGCAACACUUACAGCUACCUAAAAAAUGUAAUCAAGAAUUAGAAAAAAGAUUAGGAAACCCUCAGACUAUAAUAAUGGAGGAUUGA